GUUAAAGGAUUUUGGCUGGAUGGUCCACGUGGCCUUUCGAGUCUCUGAACAGUAUCUCUUGCUAUAUAGUAUCUUUAAGCAUAAAAGGACUUGUAAAUAUUCGUCUUUCGGAUCAUUUUGGCGUUGUUGCAAGGAACCUUUAUCCAACAGUUCCAAGCGUAGUGUGAAUUCUAGCAACCAUUCCAAGUGGAAUCCGGCAGUCUUGGUUCGUUUUGCAAGAAGGUGGCUUCCUUCAAAAGAAAUUUUGAGAAGAUGGAGAGAGCCAGAGUUAAUGAUGCCCACAGCAGGACAACCUUCUCGUCCUGGUAGAAGACUUCCUGUUCUAGAGUAUACCCAAGAUAUAUUGAAACCAUUACAAAGACUGAAAGCUAUCACAAAGUUUAUAAGAAAGACGAGAGUCGAAAGAAAAGAUUUAGCUAGUGCCAAUUCAGUAUUUUGUAUGGUUGGUGUAGCCGAUAAUACCAUACCUAUCGAACUGCACUGCAUCGUGGAAAACCAACGAUCAGCUUUUGUUUCAGAAAGAGUUACUAAGGAUAGUAUCGACACUAUUUUAUUACACGGUCUAUUAGCCAAUAACUUUGCUUGGAGAAAUAUUCAAAAGCAGUUGUCUGAAAUGACAGGAGGCUUCUCAGUUGCCUACGAUAGACCUCCUUUUGGAUUCUCUUCAAGACCUCCUCGAGCAAGUUGGAAGGACAAGGAGUAUAAUCCUUACAAACUGGAUUAUGGAGUUACGUUGACUAGACAAGUUAGAGAUUAUUUUCAUUUGGAAAAUGUAGUUCUGGUUGGACACUCUGCGGGAGGAACUGUUGCUUUGAUGUCCUCAUUAAAGGAACCACAACAUAUGAGAGGUCUUGUUCUGAUUUCUCCAGCAGUUAGAAUUUCAUAUUCUCGAACUCUUUCAUCCAAGUUCCUUAAGCAAUAUUAUCGUUCCAUUCUCCGAACUCCUUUACUUGGACGCAGAAUAAUGCGCUCUCGUUUACUAAGAUAUCGUACCCCAAAAGGAAUGCAGGAGUUGUUACAGCGCAAUGUUUAUCAUUCAGAUGUCUUUGAAUCACAAGAAUUUGUAGAAGGCUAUUUAAAGCCGUUUCUUUUACCUGGUUGGGAUCAGGCUUUGGUUGAAAUGGCUCUAAGCUUUGAAGCUUUCGAUUUGAUACCACAACUUGAGCAGCUAAAGUUGCCAACUUUGGUCAUUUAUGGAGAGCACGAUCAUGUUAUUCCACGACAAGACAUUUUAGAUCUACGAGACGCACUGGUUGACUGUGAAUUGCACGUUGUACAGAAUUGUGGUCAUUUACCCAUGGAAGAAAAACCUGGUGAUGUAUUGGCGUUGAUGAAGUCUUGGUUUGAGAAGAAAAAGAAUACGUGUCGUAAAGCCGUAUGUACAGAAGCUUCAGUUGAUAAACGUGCAGAAGAAGCGUACUUGGAAAACAUUCAAAGGUUGGUUUCAGGGAAUAAAAACUUGGACUCCGACACAAUAACUGCAGUUGAGUCUUUUUGUAACUUUGACCCAAAACGAACGUACGAAACUUUACUUGAGCUAUUUGAAGAACAAAAAGGAAAGGAGGAAAACUUUGGUGAACUGGAAACCACUUGCCCUACGACGAAGACUACUUCGUGGGCAGAAGUCAGUCUUGCAGACAGACUCAAGGCCAGGCUCUUGAAAGAAAAAUAUAGUUUUGCUUCAGAAGAUUGGAUCAUAGACGUUCUACAUUUUUACGAAGGAAGUAUGGAGCAAGCGGAAACUUUUCUUCUAGAGAGUUAUCCUUUGGACGACCCUAAUAUGCUGCUUGAGAGGGUUGAAGAAACGGCAAAGGAGAACAAGUCACUAAGUUGUAUAGCUAGUUAUUUACGGGACUUGGAUGCCUUGAGAAUUUCGUCAGAACAACAAAAAAAUGCUCUCGGCGACAAACAGGUUUACAACGUUGUUCAGUCUAUUUUUGAAAAGUCAAGGAAAUUUUGGAACCAAUACCUUAUGUUGGGAAGACUAGCUUCUGUUACUAAGAAGAAUUACUAUUCAGAACGGGCGAAGGAAAUGAAGCAUUUAUUCGAACUUUAUUCAAGUCAAGCUUUGCUUGAAUUGACUAGGCGGAACAGUUUUAGUUCGAAUCCAGUCCUUGAUUUACAUGGUUUCUUUGUAGAAGAAGCACUUUUCCUUUUAGAAAGCAAGAUUCGUUUAAUGAAACAAGCUACGACUAGACGACCUUUGGUAAUCCAGUGCAUUACUGGGAAAGGGAAUAGUAGUGUAUCAGGAUCAAGACUAAGGCCGGCAGUGGAGAAAUAUUGUAAAGAGCACUGUCUGGUUUAUAAAUUGGAAGAAGGGGCUGUUGUUAUCUACGUUGGUCUGCAAAGAUAACCAUCAUUGUUCAGUGAUACAAUAGUAUAAUUCCUUAUAAUAUUGUAACUUUUAGUGAAGAUGUGCCAAACUAUUUUUGAGACGGUCUCUAUCUUUCUCAAAUACCAGUUAUUCGUUUCAUUAGCAUCAAGACCAAGACCCAAGUUCGCUCAAAGGUUUUUUGCUGGAGUUGUAACUGUUGAGUUAUCCGUGCCACUUUUAUAAAAAAUAUUUUACAGUCAUUCCAUAUGUUCUGUGGACGUGGCCGAGCGGUUAAGGCGACAGACUAGAAAUCUGUUUCGGUUUCCGAGCGCAGGUUCGAAUCCUGCCGUCCACGUCUAUAUUGGGAUUGGAGAGUAGAUUCUACUGUUUCUUUAAAUAUGAAUGAAUGUAUCGUUGUUAUUCAGAUUUGCUUAUUUUUCUUUCUUACAGUCAACUAGUCUGGAAAUUUUAGAGAGAGAGAGCAUACCAGUCGUUUUGAGUCAGAAAAACUCUUUCCAUUUUUUCCAUCCGUUUCACUCUGAUGUCUUUCUAUUAUUGUAUUCAUGUGAAUAGAACCGUUGACAUAUAGCGAUCUUAUUAAAUCUUUCAAAAAAUUC